ACAGUUCAAUAACGAAUGGACAACAUGGAGUCUCCAGAAGCUGAGACAAACCACAAUGACCAAAACUCAGAAGCACUCGACGAUCAAAUUCAAUCCAUAAAUCCAAAAGAAGAUAUUAUAGAGGGUAGAGAAGUUGGCGGUGAAUCUUAUGGUCAAAGAUAUGGUGCACCCCCAUUUCAAAGAGGGCCACCUCCAAGGUUUGCAGGUCCACCUCCGAACAUGAGAUCGCCACCACCUAAUUAUGGACCUCCCUCUAGAGGAGGUGCUAUGCCAAGGCUUCCUCCACCUUUUGGAAGACCACCCUUUGACGGAAGUGUUCCCCCUCCUGGUAUGCAGCAGUCCGGUGGUCUUCCCCCAAUGCCAUUCAAUAUGCCUCCUCCAAUCGGGCGUCCACCAUUUGUCCCACCUGGAGGACUUCCACCACCAUUAAUGCCACCUGGACUGUCUCAAGGAGCUCUGUCGUCACCUGCUACCACUAAACCACCUGCUGCAGCAACAACUGUAGCAGCAACACCAAAUGUAGCACCAAACCCUACUGUACUAGACCCAAACCAAGACUUCUGGGUGGAGACGAAAACAGCCGAGGGAAAGGUUUACUUCUACCAUGCCAAGACUAGGGAGUCCAAGUGGUCAAAACCUGAAAAUGCGAAGGUUGUCCAGCAGAGUGAGCUGCAGGCAGCAGCCGCAGCUGUUGCUGCGGCUGCUGCAGCCUCGGGUAAUACUGCAGCAAGCAAUGUUGGUGUAAAACAAACAAAUGCUGCACAAGAUGCCUCUAAUACAAACAUGGCAGAGAAUAAACAGCCUGAAAGUCAAGAAAAACCUCACCUCUCAGUUGCAACUGAAAUGAGUAGCCAUAACAAUGCCAGUUCUGCAAGUAACAAAUCAGAAAUUGUAACGAAUAUAGCAAGCCAGCAAACACAAGACAACUCUAAGGUUGCCAACCAUCAACAACCAACAACAAUGCCUUCAAACAUGCCACCAAUAAGGCCACUUCUGCCUCUGCCUGGCCAAGGACCAAUGAUGCCCCAUGGACCAAUGGGUCUCCUUCCACCUCCAAUGGGUAUGCCAAUGCCCCCUCACCUAGCUGGGAUGCCUCGUAUGCCAAUGCCAGGUAUGAUGCCAAUGCAUAUGCCAGGACCCAUGUUUCCUCCAGGUCUUUCCAUGACUCCACCAGCCGUAGUCGCUAUGUCAGCACCUGGAACUGCUGUUGCCUCACCCACACAGAGCAACUGGUCUGAACAUCAUGCAAGGGAUGGACGGCUAUACUACUACAACAAGAGAACUAUGGAGUCCACAUGGGAAAAGCCUAAAGAAUUGAUAGAAGAAGAAACCAAACCAACUGAAGUUAAAGAGGAGGAAACGCCAAAGGAAAACGAUGUUAAAAAGGACAGUGAGGAAAAGAUGGAGGUUGAUAAAGAUGAAGAAGUGGAAAAGAAAGAAAUAGAAGGAAAGAAGGAAGAAGAAAAAGAGACUGAAGAAAAAGAAGAAGAAAUGACAGAAGAGGAGAAAGCGGCCGAAAAAGCCAAACCUGUUGCGACCAAGCCUGUUCCAGGAACACCAUGGUGUAUUGUGUGGACAGGUGACAGUAAGGUGUUCUUCUUCAACCCCAGUACAAGACAAUCAUUAUGGGAACGACCAGAAGAUUUGAUUGGACGAGCUGAUGUGGACAGAAUGGUCUUAGCUCCACCCCCUGAUCAAGAAAAGGAAACAGAAAAAACUGCACAAAAGAAGAAAAUAGAAGAAGAAACCGCUGUUGAGGAGCAACCAAAGGCAAAGAAGAAGAAGAAAGAGAAACCAGAGAAGGAGUCUAAUCCUGAGAAGGAUGCAUCAAUUGAAGCAGAGGUGAAGGCUGCCAGAGAGCGCGCCAUUGUGCCCCUGGAUAUACGCAUGAAGCAGUUUAAGGACAUGCUGUUGGAAAGAUCGGUAUCUGCUUUCUCUACUUGGGAGAAAGAACUUCACAAGAUCGUGUUUGAUCCACGCUACCUCUUACUGAGCCCGAAGGAGAGAAAACAAGUGUUUGAAAAAUAUGUGAAAUCAAGGGCAGAUGAGGAAAGGAAGGAAAAAGCACAGAAAGUGAAACAACACAAAGAUGAAUAUAAGGCACUGAUGGAAGAAGCUAAACUAAACCCCAAGUCCACGUUCAGCGACUUUGGCCAGAAGUAUGGAAAAGACCAGAGGUUCAAGAACAUUGAAAAGAUGCGUGAACGAGAGGGCCUCUUCAACGAGUACAUGAUUGAAGUACGCAAGCAAGUGAAGCAACAAAGCCAGAGCAAGUUAGAGAAGUUGAAAACCGACUUCUAUGCACUCCUUGAGGAGCAAGAUGACAUCACAGUCAAAUCACGUUGGAGUAAGAUUAAAGAAUAUAUGAACUCUGACCCCCGAUACAAGGCUGUUGAAAGCAGCUCACAACGAGAACUCUGGUUUAAACUGUACCAAGAAACAUUAGACAAGGAAGCCAAUAGAGAACAUGAAAAGCAAAAGCGUGCCGAGGCUAGUAUUCGUCAGCGUGAAAAGGAAGUGCAGAUGGCACGUAGUGAACAACAGAAAGAACUUGACAGGGAGAGAGAUCAGUACAAGAAAGACGAGGCUAUACAGCAUUUCAAGGCACUCCUUGCAGAUUUAGUUCGUGAUGCAGAUUCCUCUUGGCGUGAGACCAGAAGACAGCUGAAGAAAGAUCACAGAUAUGAAUUGGCACGCUUGCUUGAGAGGGAAGAGAAAGAGAAGUUGUUUAAUGAGCAUGUAAACAGUCUGCUACAGAGGAGACGUGACAAGUUUCGACGUCUUCUGGAUGAAACAUCAGGGAUCACACUGACCUCAUCAUGGAAAGAGGUCAAACGAAAAAUAAAAGAAGAUAAGAGGUAUACUAAGUUCUAUGUCAGCGACAGGAUGAAAGAACGCGAGUUUUACGAUUAUUUGAAAGAAAGAUACAACACAUCUAAGGCAGACUUUAAGUUGUUACUGAUGGAAACAAAAUCCAUCACACACAAAUCCAAAAAGUUGUUGGAAGAGUCUGAUCAGCAUUUACAUGAUGUCGAAAAGAUCCUAUCAAAGGACAAACGUUACACAUGCCUAGAAUGCAUCGAGGAUGAGAGGAGAGAGAUUUUAAUUGAUUAUAUCAAUGACCUUCACCGCAAGGGGCCACCCCCUCCCCCGACUGCAUCAGAGCCAACCCGUAAGCCGAUCAUGAAGUGAUGUAUUUUUAAUAGUUUGAUUUUGGAGUCAAGUUUAAUUUUUUAGAUUUUCGAUACAAUGGAAUCAAAGAAGUAGUUGUUAUUAAGCUGAUAAGAAUUCUUAAUUGGUAUGAUUUUUUUGUAUUUACCAGAAUUAUGACAUUUUUACAAUAGCAUGGUUACAUUUGGUGUAAAAAUUAUGCUCUAAUUAAAUCUGUUCAAAUCCUUUGCCCUUGUAUGGUCGAUUUUUCUCGGCUAAUCUUUAUUUUUUUCUGCCACUCUUUCAUUCCACUUACAAGGCCUUGUGUGGACAACUUGAUGGCAUCAUUUAGAUAGUACAGUACUGUGCAAACAAUUAUAUUAUUUUAUUCGUAAUAUUUUUCUUUUUUUUAAAUAGAAUAUAAUGCAUAAUUAAUCAGGGUAAACUAUCAGCUCUCCAUUACUGAGGAACUGGUGAAGGGGCGACCCUUAUCAAGUCCAUAAUAUACCGACUGGCACUACAAGAGAUCUCACACAAUCUUAGGCUUAGUCCCACAGUUACAGUUAGGGCAGCCCUAUUAAUAGAAAUGUGAGAAUUGUUUGAUACUCAAUCUAUGGUUUAUGAUAGACCAACUGCUAAUUUCAACAGCAUUCUCCUAUUACUACUUUGUACUUCUCCGAAGAGGAACAGAUCUGUUAAUUUCUUUGAAUCGCAAUGGUUGUUAAGACACAACCAUGAGCCUUUGUUUAUCUUUAAUGAGAACUCAGUAUGAAUUCCAUUGUAAAUGUUUAAGAAUGUACUUCACAUGUCAACUAAAUUUCAAAUCUGAAUGUAAAUAUCUUUCUGGUGAUUUGUUUAUUUUGUUUGAUUAAUCUUCAAUCAAUUUCUUUCCUUGUACAAUGUCAAAUAAAUGAGUCUUAUACAAAAAUCA